AUGGGGGAAGGUGGAAGUCUGCCGACGAUGGAUCUGAUGCGAUCAGAGCCAAUGCAGUUAGCUCGGAUCAUAAUCCCCAUGGAAUCUGCUCAUCGAACCAUUUCGUACCUCGGUGACCUGGGGCUUUUCCAGUUUAAAGAUCUCAACACAGGAAAAAGCCCUUUCCAGAGGACAUUCGCCACUCAGAUUAAAAGGUCUGGGGAGAUGGCUCGCAGGCUACGUUUUUUCAAGGAUCAGAUGAUGAAGGCUGGUCUUUUUGCCUCAUCAUGGCCUUCAUAUGGUUCAGAGUAUAGUCUAGACGAAUUAGAGGUGAAACUUGGAGAACUUGAAGCUGAACUGACAGAAAUGAAUGCCAACACUGAAAAAUUGCAGCGUGCCUAUAAUGAACUUCUGGAAUAUAAGCUUGUCUUGCAGAAGGCUAGUGAGUUUUUCCAUCGUGCUCAAAGCAGUGCUACAUCUCAACAGAGAGAAUAUGGAGAUCGCCUUGUUGAAGGAUCAAUGGACAGUCCUCUCUUAUUAGAACAAGAAAUGACUACUGAUAUUUCAAAGCAAGUUAAGCUUGGAUUUGUAAGUGGUCUUGUCCCAAGAGAUAAAUCAAUGGCCUUUGAAAGGAUCCUAUUUCGUGCAACCAGGGGUAAUGUUUUCUUGAAGCAAGAUGUUGUUCAAGAACCUGUUUGUGAUCCUGUGCAAGGAGAGAAGGUGGAGAAGAAUGUUUUUGUGGUAUUUUAUUCUGGAGAAAGGGCAAAAAACAAGGUUUUGAAGAUAUGUGAUGCAUUUGGAGCAAAUCGUUAUCCCUUUACAGAUGAUAUAGGAAAACGACAACAAAUGAUUACUGAGGUAUCUGGAAAACUUUCAGAGCUAAAAACCACCAUUGAUGUUGGAAUUUUACACUGGAGUAGUGUGGUACAGUCUAUUGCUAAUCAAUUUGAUCAGUGGAACAAUUUGGUCAAGAAAGAAAAAUCCAUUUACCACACUUUGAAUACUCUCAGUUUUGAUGUGACAAAAAAGUGCCUUGUGGCAGAAGGCUGGUGUCCUGUUUUUGCUACAAGUCAGAUCCAAAAUGCUUUACAAAAGGCAACAAUUGAUAGUAACUCACAGGUUGGAGCUAUAUUGGAGAUUCUGCAUGCUAAGGAAUCACCCCCCACAUAUUUUCGCACAAAUAAAUUUACUUCUGCCUUUCAAGAGAUAGUAGAUGCUUAUGGGGUCGCAAAAUAUCGAGAAGCAAACCCUGGUCUAUACACAAUUGUUACAUUCCCUUUCCUAUUUGCUGUUAUGUUUGGAGACUGGGGACAUGGAAUAUGCUUAUUUCUCGCAACACUAUUUCUUAUUAUAAGGGAAAGGAAAUAUUCUAGUCAGAAACUAGGAGACAUAAUGGAAAUGGCAUUUGGUGGUCGUUAUGUCAUCAUAAUGAUGUCGAUUUUCUCAAUUUACACUGGAUUUAUUUAUAACGAGUUUUUCUCUGUGCCAUUUGAACUUUUUGGGCGCUCUGCUUAUGAUUGUCGUGAUCCUUCCUGCAAGGAUGCUACUACCAUUGGAAUGAUUAAGGUCCGGGAAACUUACCCGUUUGGUGUGGAUCCUAUUUGGCAUGGAACACGAAGUGAAUUACCGUUUCUUAACUCCCUGAAAAUGAAAAUGUCGAUUUUACUCGGAGUUGCUCAGAUGAAUCUUGGAAUUAUUUUGAGCUACUACAAUGCUAAGUUUUUCAAAAAUGAUAUUAAUAUCUGGUACCAAUUUGUUCCCCAGAUGAUAUUUUUAAACAGUUUAUUCGGCUACCUUUCUUUGCUCAUCAUUGUGAAAUGGUGCACUGGUUCACAAGCUGAUUUAUACCAUAUACUGAUAUACAUGUUCCUUAGUCCCAUGGAUGAUUUAGGAGAAAAUCAGCUUUUUUGGGGCCAAAAAUAUCUUCAGAUACUACUACUUUUGUCAGCACUUGUUGCUGUACCAUGGAUGUUGAUCCCCAAGCCACUUCUAUUGAAGAAGCAAUACGAGGAAAGACACCAAGGUCAAACCUAUGCACCACUUCACAGCCUUGAUGAAAAUAUUGAAUCAGAGACAUACGAAUCCCAUGGUGGGCAUGAGGAGUUUGAGUUCAGUGAAGUAUUGGUGCAUCAAUUAAUUCAUACCAUUGAAUUUGUUCUUGGCUCAGUGUCUAACACAGCCUCUUAUCUUCGUCUCUGGGCUCUAAGUUUAGCACACUCGGAACUUUCCAGUGUAUUUUACGAAAAGGUCCUCCUUCUUGCCUGGGGAUAUAACAGUGUGGUUAUACUUAUAAUUGGCAUAAUCGUAUUUGUUUUUGCAACUGUGGGUGUGCUGCUUGUGAUGGAAACUUUGAGUGCUUUCUUGCAUGCUUUGAGGCUUCACUGGGUUGAAUUCCAGAACAAGUUUUAUGAGGGAGAUGGCUACAAAUUCGAUCCCUUUUCAUUUGCUUCUGUUGGUGAAGAAGAUGAUUGAUUUGAUACACACUUUUUCAAGCCACCUACCCCUAAACAAACUUACUCAGAGGUGGUUUGGUUCCCUAUUAGCUAUAGUUAUUCUUUAGAUUCUUUUGUAUGUAUUUGCAAUUGCAAGCUUUUCUUAAGUUAAAGGUUUUAUACCUUGUUUUCUAUUUAGAACCACAGAAUGAAUGUUCACUCCAACAUUCCACAAUCUUAUUCAAGUUGUUGCACUAUGGAACUUGUAAAUUAGGGGUGAUUUUCACCCUUAAUUUCUACUUCAAUUAUUUUACAAGUUUAUUAGGAUAAUAAAAAUGUUUGGAUAUUACUUGAUUUAUCUUAUAUUAGUUGAUAUUGAUAUUUGUUA